AUGUUUACAGAGGGGAAUAACUCGUCCUCUCCUCCCACGUAUCGAUUGCCCAAUACAACACCAAAUCUACAAGUGCGAUCGCAUCGAUCCUACACUGUGAAUGAAGAUGGAGAAGAACAAGAUCCAAUUUUCAACAACAAUAGUAGUACUAAUUAUUCACAAGUUCCUCCAUUGUUGAUGAAUUAUCCAUCAUCGUCCUCAACUGCAUCAUCAUCUACUCCAAGUGCUUUUGUACACAAUUUGGAAUCUCAUACAUUGGAUCAUUUUACACCCAUUCCGAUGGAUCUCAACAACAAUGCAACAACAUCAUCUGUAUUGUUGAAUUCAUCUUCCAAUAGUGGUAACAUGAUUCAUCGAAAAUUUGAUUCUUCUUCCCAUGACGAUGAUGCUGAUGAUACAAAAUAUAAAUAUUCUUUCAGAAAAAAGAAAUCCAAUUCAAUUGCAUCUGCAGUGUUUGGAACGUGUUGCGGAACAUCCAAGAGAAUACUUGUCACAUUUAUGAUUUUAUUGAGUAUUGUGAUGGUCUUUUAUAUUGUAAUUUAUAAAAGAAAGCUAAGUUUACAACAAGCAAGAGCAAUGAAUCAUCCAUCCUCUCAACAACCAUCUGCUCAAACAGGUUCAAAGGAUAUGAUGGGAAUCAAAGUAGAAAAGAAAUCACACGAUUCCCCUCAAUUAGUUAACGAGGUGAAAAAUAAGCAAGCCAAGAAGAAGAAGAAUCGAAAUAGUGAUGAAGAAGUUGAUUUAGAUGAAUUAUUAGGAAUUAAAAAGAAGAAAACAACCACAGGUGUGAAAUCAAAGUCAUCUUCCAAAAAGAAACCAAAAAAGAAUGUGAAAAAGAAUGUGAAAAAGAAAGUUGCAAAGAAACCUGUCAUUAAAAUUCCACAAAAAGUGGUGAAAAAACCCAAGCAACAACAACCAUUGAAAAAACCCAAACAACAACAACAACCAUUGAAACAACCUCACAUCAAUCCAGAAGUGAAAAAAGAAAAGGAACAAGAAAAAAUCAUCAAACAAGCUCAAGAAAAAUCCAUUGAUUUGAGUGCACCCAAAUCCAAACACGAUGACAUUAUUGAGAAAUACUUGAAAAUGAUUGAUGAAGAAGAUAGUUCAAGUGACAAAAAGAAGAGAAUCACUUCAAGUAAGGAUCGCGUAUCAUCAUCACAGCCCUCUACUCCAUCGGUGGCAAAAAAGAAGACGAAUACUCCUCCCAUCAAGAAGAACCAAGAUCAAAAUGAUAUUGAACAAUUGAAAAAUCAUCCAUUAUUCAAAGAAGAUGUACAGCCAUUCAUUCCUAAAAUUGUUGUUGAGGAUUUGAAGAAUAGUGCAGCCAAGAAAGAGGUCAAGUCAAACAGUGGUAUCAACCAACAAGAAUCCAAUCAAGAAGAAGGAAAAACAGUUCAAAAAGGUGUCACCACCUCUAUGACCACAGAGAGUGAUAAUACUCGUUCAACAAGUGCAACCACUGGUAGUGCAACUACACCAUCGACACCAGUAUCUACAGCAAGUGCCACUACUAGUAAUACAGCCACUACCACUGCAACAACAACAACACCUCCAAACGAAGAGGCAAAAACUGUUACUACUACUGCUGAUUCAAAGAAGGAAACACCAAAGAGUGAACAAGUUGCACCUGAAAAAGUGGAACAUGAUGAAUUUCAUGAUGAUAAUCUCGUUCAAGUGAAAGAUAAUAAGGAUUCCAAGCAGCAACCAAAACCACAACUGGAAAAGAAAGUCUCCUCUCCUGUCAGCAAGAAGAAGGUCUCAACAAAACCAAAAAAGAAACUUGUUAAAAAACCAAUCCCUAAAAAGAAGAAUAUUUUGAGAAGAAAACAAAAGAAGAGAAAGGCACCACUACACAAGAAAAAACCAAUCAAGAAGAAGACGGAAAAGAAAAAACUAAAGUUGAACAAAAAGCCAAAACGAAAACUCAAGAAAGAAAUUCCAAAGAAAAGAAAAAGAAUUCAAGAGAAUAUGGAUGACCUCUCUCAGCAUCCAUUAUUUAAGGAAGGACCUCAGACCUUUACACCAUCUGCUGAAACAACGACAGACUCAUCCAAUAAGAAAAACAAUAUGAUGAAGGAUGACGAUGAGCUAUUGUCGACACAUCCACUGUUUAAUGAACCUCCACAAGCCAUGGUUGGUCAGUCUGAGAAGAAUGACGCCCAAAACUCGGUAGCAAAAGAUUCAAAGACAGCAGCAACAGACAAAACGAAGAAGGAUGAAAAUGUACCAACAGAAAAGGAAUCAAAAGAUACUGGUGUACGCGAACAGCAAAACGAGCUUGCCAAGGACAACGACGAUCUUUCCAAUCAUCCAUUGUUCAAAGAGGACCCUCAUGUCUUUACACCAACCAAGAAUGACGAAAAACAAGACAAUGCCGCCAAAAAAUUAGACGAAAAAGCUGUGAACAAAGCAAAGUCUCCUCCCAAGAUCCCAAAAGUGCUUUCAAGUGAAAACAUCAAGGAAUAUUUGCAAAAGUAUAAAGCUUAUCAUGGAUCCUUGGCAGGAAUCGAAAAGACAAUGAAUAGAAAACAAGCUAAAAAGAUUAUUGCUUAUAUCGAUAAGCAUCACAAUUUCGAUUAA